CAGUCUCCUGAGUAGCUGGGACUACAGGCACACACCACCCUGCCCAGCUAAUUUUGUUUUUUGUUUUGAGACAGAGACUGGCUCUGUCUCCCAGGCUGAAGUGCAGUGGCGCGAUCUCAGCUCACUGCAAGCUCCACCUCCCAGGUUCACACCAUUCUCCCACCUCAGCCUUCCGAGUAGCUGGGACUACAGGCAUCCACCACGACGCCUGGCUCAUUGUUUUUUUAUUUUUAGUAGAGACGGGGUUUCACCGUGUUAGCCAGGAUGGUCUCGAUCUCCUGACCUCGUGAUCCGCCCGCCUUGGCCUCCCAAAGUGCUGGGAUUACAGGCAUGAGCCACCACGCCCGGCCCUCUGUAGCCCACUCAUUCACUCACUCCCUCGCUCUCUAACCCACUCCUGCUCACUCAUUCACUGGCUCACUCUCUAACCCACUUUCCCUUUCUCAUUCCCUUGCUUGUUCUCUAGCCCACCCUCACACACUCAUUCACUGGCCCACCCCUUAGGUGUGUGCUCCUGUGCCAAGACUGAGAUCCAGCUGUCACAACAGGCACCCACUGACCCCAGCCUCGUGGAGCCACCAUUCACCAGGCUUGAGGGGAGGAUGUCACAUUGCCCUGCUCCCUUCAGUGCCAGCCAGGAUAGGGCCGGGUGGGUGCAGCUGGUGAAAAGAAAUGCGGCCCCCCAGCCACCCUCCGAGGCCCCCAGCCCCUGCAGACCAAGCCGAACAGCACAGCUCACAGGCGUAUCACAGGGCACCCAGCAGCCGCCUUCCCUCCAGAAGAGCCAAGAAGGCUCCCAAGACCAGAAACGCCCCCAGUGUGGCCGUGCCUGUCCCCAGUGCCCCGCCGGCUGGGGGGCAGCAUGCCCAAACAGAUGCACCCUGCCCAUGAUGGCACCACAGGGACUCCCAUUCUCAGGACCCUCCAGUCGUGCAAGCUGGAAUUGACGGGUUUCUGCCUGUAUAGGCAUCAGCUUCGGAAUCUCAGGUGCUGCUUGGCAGGAAAAUGCACGGCAGGAGGGGCUGGGCCUUUGCUCGAGGCUCCUGGGCUCACCCCCCAUUCUCCACUGCGGGGCCCAGGGUGGUCAAGAACAGCCACAACAACAACAAAAGCCAAACUGGGAACGGAAUCAUGGAAAAAACCCUCACAGGCUUUUGGGAACUUACAAAGAAAUGCCCACAUCCAUUCUACUAACAUGGCAUCUACUAACGUAGCAUCUACUAAUGUGGCAUCUACUAGGACGCCACAAAACAGACAAAUCCUUCCACGUAAGGCUGGACACGUCAGGGCUGUGGCCGUCUCAAAGCUGGGCCACAGGCAGCAUCCACGGCCAGUCCACUGGGUGGAGGAGACAGUGCUGGGGAGGAGCCUGAGGAGGGGCCAGGGCUGUCCCCUUAGGCAGAACGGCCCACCUGUGGUAUGCGCACAGCAGGGUUGUGGGGACACAAGAUGCCCCCUUCAUUCAUCAGUUACUUGUAUUCUUCCUAUGAAACACUUCCCGAUAAAAUGUGAAAAGGGGCAUUUUCUCAAGUACUUUCCCUACCUUAGUCCUGUGCUGCUUUACAAGGGUUUAAUAAGCAGCAGGGGUGGGAACAGAGCAGGACCCAGCUGGAGCUGGCCCAGGGUCCCCCAGCCCCCUGGCCCAGCCUGUUCUCUGCUCCGAGGGCUCGAGAUUGCCUCAGUUUCCCUGACAGCAUCCCCAGGGGCCAGCGUUACCUCCUCCUGUUGCUCAGAAGCCUUCAGUGCCCAUCUCUGCAGCUGGCAUGCGGGCUUCAGGUCGGGGCCCAUGGUGCCUGACACCUUUUCCCACCACCGCCCCCCACGCCCAGCCCAUGGACGCCCUGGCCUCUCAGAGCAGUGCGUUUGAGUACACGCUGGCCCCAGGUCGGACACUGUGGCAGUAACACAUGCCGCCCCUGUAGCUGCAACCACAGCAGUGACCUGAGAUACAACAGGGGGCCUGUUCUGUGUCAAUGGGCUGGGGGCCCAAGGGCUCUAGUUCUGAAGGGACAUCUGAGAAAUAGCCUGAGGGAGGUGAGGGCUGGAGCCUGGGGAGGGCACAGCCGUGCAAAGUCCCCAUAGUGGGCGCGUGCCUUGUGUGCUGGGGGCCACAGAGGGGCCCCAUGAGGCCCGAGUGAAGGGGCUGAGGGGGAGGCGGCUUUUGGACACAGGAGGACACUGCUGUCCGUAGGGCCAGGCAGGAUGCUGGUGGCUUGGUGCAGGUGGUGGGGGUGGGGAGGGGAGAAGCAGCAGGGUUGGGGGGGCUGGGCUAGGCCCCACAUAGCAGAGCAUGGUCAGGCACAAGAUAGACGAGCCCCACAUGUGCUGGGCGGGGCCUGGAGGCAUCCAAGGGGACAGCACGCUGGGGUCCACUUUGGCCAUACUAGCCGGCCACAUGGAAACAUCCUGGAGCCAGUUCUUGGCAAUGAUGGGGGGAGGUCCCCAAGACCACCCUGCACUGUUGGGGUGAUGACUGGUGAGCACCUGGGCUGCCACCGGAUGCAGGGCUGGGCCCAGGAGGUAGUGCCCCGGGGGCAGCAUGGGACUCCCAAGCUCCUGGUGCCCAAACCACAGGAAACGCCCAGAGAGCCCUGGGGUGGCAGCACAGCAGCGGUCAUCUGAGCAUCCGAGUCAUCUGUGCGUUCGAGUCAUCUGUGGAUCUGAGUCAUCUGUGCGUCCACGUCGUCUGGGUGUCCAUGCAUCCGAGUUGUCUGUGGAUCUGAGUCAUCCGUGCGUCCAUGUCGUCCGUGCAUCCACGUCGUCCGUGCAUCCACAUCAUCCGUGUGUCCACGUCAUCUGUGCAUCCACGUUGUCUGUGCGUCCACAUUGUCUGGGUGUCCACGUCAUCCAGGUGUCCGUGCAUCCGAGUUGUCUGUGCAUCUGCAGCCAGUCCCCAUGCAUUUUCAUAAACACACUCAGGUCAGCCUUAAAGCCCCACCGAGGAUCCACCACUCAAGGCUCCAGCUGGAGGCCCCACACCUGCCCUGUGCCACGCAGCUGGGGUGGACAGAGGGGCUCACGGGUGGCCAGGCCAGGGCACUGCUGCCUUCUACACACUCCAGGCUUGAGAGUUUUACGGCCACACAGGUUGGCCCUGGGUAGUGGGGCUGGCACCAGCCCAGCUGUGGGGCCUGUCCCUCUCCAUGAGGUCAGAGCUGUGAUCCCCACUUCUGAUGGCCUCCACUGCUCCACGUCUCCCAUAACCGCCUCCCUCCUGCUCCUACCCCCUGCCCAGACCCAGGCAUCUCUCUGUGGGCCUCCUGUCACCUGCCCUCCUCUGCGUCUUUCCGUUUUCCCCUCCCUGCCGCCGGCUCCUUGCACAGCACACAACAUGGCUGGGUUCCUCCCACCGAGCUCCUAGGAAUGUGCUUGUCACACGUGGGAAAGUCCUGAGGCUCCCACAACACGAAGCAUUAGAGUCCUUGCUCCUCCCUGGAGCCUCCCACCAGCAGCCCUGGGCCCGGGGUAGGAGGAGCAAACCGUUCCUGGCCCUGAGGCAGAAUCUCCCCAGCAACAUGGGCAGCAAAUGACUCUCAAGACAAACGGCUGUCACCACGCAAACGUUUCCAUUGGGGGAGAUGAGUUAGCGCAGCACCGCCUGGCCGUGUGGGACGCAUGGGGUUGGGCAGCAGGUGGUGGCUCAGCUGUUAACCCGCCACCACCUUUCACAUCAGUGGGGAGCUGGGACCACGCUGGGAAAUCCAUCACUUCAAAUCCCAGACUCCUGAUAUUCACAAGUACACAUCACAUGAGCCACAAAUACUCAGGCUUCGCGGUGCACCAAGUACCAGGGGUCCUGCAGGAAUGGGGACCCUCUUAGAGCGGCAGCCCCAGCCACCAGGCCAGGACGUGCUGUCUGGACCCAGUUCCUUCAGAAUGAGCCUGUCCAUCACUCAAAGCUCACCCGGGACGGGCCCAGCAACUUCCCCACGGCCUUUGCUCCCACAGCCAAACCGGAGGACUCAGGAUAUAGGAGCCUGAGGAUGUGCCUGGACCGGCGGAGGGUGGGGUCUAGACACGGCCCAUGGGAACCCCCGACAAGAUGAGCGCCACCUCCCAGUGCAGGGGCAAGAAAGACGGAUCUGCCCCGCUGACGGGGCCCUCUGCACACACUGCCUCUCUUCUCCAGGGCAGUGUGCAGAGGCCGGGCUCCAGGAGGAAAGCAGGGUUGGGUACCCGGUGCUGGGCCCCAGAGCCACACCCCAGCAGUGGCGACUGCCUAAGCAGUGCUGGUUCAGCUGGGGAUAGGCAAGGAGGGGCUGGGGCGGCUUUGCAGUGACUGUGACCCCGUCCCAGCUCUACCCUUGGACACUCGGGGGGUGGGCACCGUGUCCUUUCACCAUCCACCCCUGCUGCUCCCACCGCCUUCCCCGCAGUCCGUGAAAGAGACCCUGAGUCCACAGGUGGGGACCGAGGCCUCACGCGUGCCCCACUCCCACAUGGAAGUGACACCCACCGAGGGACCAUUCUCAAGCUGUGCCCACUACAGCCAUGGAACUAAGUCCAGCACAGACCGAGGGGGCCCCCAAAGGGACCAGAAAGCAGCCGCUGCAGGAACAGGUGGCCCCCCUAAAAGGCUAGACCGAGACCACUGGACCUGCAACAGCGCCCUGAGCACGCACCCAAGAGAAAUGAACACGUGUCCACACAGAAGCGGGGUUCACAGGUGUUCAUGGCAGCACAAUUCACAAUGGCCAGAAAGUGGAGGCCACCCGAUGUCGACUGAGGAUGGAUGCAGAGGUACGGUCUCCACGCAGUGGACGCAGUGGGUGGGGUUCAGUGCAAGAAGGAGGCAGCGCCACGUGCUACUGUGUGAGUGCACCUUGUGGAGACAAUGCUGAGAGGAGAGGGCAGGCAUGAAAGGCCACGGUGUGCCCAGGUCCAUUUCCAUGACAUGUCCAGAACAGGCAGAGCCACAGAGCCUGGUGGAGCAGCCACUGUAGGGUGUGGGGAGAGGCAGGAGUGGGUUCAGGUCUUCUCUGGGUACAGGGUGAUGAAAAUGAUCGCGAUGAUGUCAUAUAACUCUGGGAUUGCUCAAAAUCACUGAGUUGUGGACGUUGGGUGAAUGGGAGGAGGACCUUCCUUCUGCCAAGGUCACAUGGAGGUGGUGGUGACCCCACACCAACCCUGCUGAGGCCAGCUAAAGCAAUCUGGCCAAAACAGCCACACUUCUUCCUAAAAGCCUAAGAGCUGAUGGGUGGCAAGGAAACGGCAGAGGCAGGGCUGGCGGUUGGUGGCAGAGGCAGGGCCGGUGGUCAGUGGCAAGCCCUUCGCAGGCCUCUCAGGCCGGGAUGGAAGUCACAACACAGCCUGCAGCAGCCAGGAAGAAGCAGGGUGAUGGGGAAGCUGCCCCCGUGGCAGCCACGGGGGUGAUUCUGCAGUGGUGGGACCCAGGUGGGAAGCCAGGGCCGCUGACUACCUUCCGAGAGAGAGCCCGCAGCAAGUGUGUGCCGGAGGUCACCUGGCGUGCUCGCUGCAGGGACGCAGACCUCUCCCAGCUGGAGGCCAAGGGUGGCUUCAUGGUCCCCUUGAGUUCCGGCUCGGGCAGGGUUGGACUCACACUCAGAUUAGACAGUGCUCUGAAGAGAAGGGGCCCAUCACUCCGCAGGCAGCCAUCUGUCCUCAUCUGUCCACUCCCGGUAAAACAAGAGUGGUUGAGAGACAAGAUCAGGGGCCCGGCUGACACCGAGGCUGCACCCAGGAUCCGGCUCUCCUUGGAUCCCAUGGUGCUGGUGGGCCCCAUACACUGGUGGGCUUGGAAGAGAGAGGGUGGGAAAGGAACGGGGGAGACUGAGCUGAGACAGGCGAGGGGAGGUGGCUGGGAGUGGGGAUGUUGGCUCCUCAUGUAAUUCUACUAAGCACCUGCCACAGGCUCAGCCGGGUGGUACCUGGACCUGAGUGUGUGUGUGGACCGGAGGGGUUCUGCGGGCCAGAGACAGGAGGAUGCCACCACUAACACCAGCUAGGCCAGGUGUGGCCUGAGAUAGACAGGGGAACGCCACCACUAACCCCGCUAGGCCAGGGGUGCCUGAGCCAGAGACAAGGGGACGCCACCUCUAAGCCUGGCUUGGCAGGCACCUGGGCCAGAGACAAGAAAACACCACCUCUAACCUCAGCUUGGCAGGCGCCUGGGCCAGAGACAAGGGGACGCCACCUCUAACCUCA